AUGUUAUGUGACUUUGAGACGAAAUGCGACUGGACAUUCGAGAGUCCAGCUCGAAAAUACCCACGUGACCCGCGGCACAAUUUUAAAAUGAUUGUUGGCAAUCGCGAUUCAAAACCUACUCACUACGCAUACUUUAAUUCAACAAAAACGCGUGAGGAGCCUGCAAUGAUCAUCAGUCCAUAUUACCAGCAUUUGUCGGUUCAGUGUGAGCUGCGCUUCACCUAUCGUUUAUUUGGUGAUCCGGAUGCGGCAAUCAUGGUAACCAGCCAGCACCGAGCAUUAAGUGAGCCGGUCAGUUAUGCUGAUACUUACGAUUAUGAUGAUGAGACUGAAUGGACAAGGCCAACCCUGCACUCAACAUUUAACGCUCAGCACAGCUAUAUUGAUUCGUUAGUUUCAUUAUUUUUAAACUGA